AUGUCAACGAAAAAUGCUUAUGAAGAGAUUGAUGAAGCACAAGAAGAUCACUACCAGACAAGUGGACGAAUUGAAUUACCAGCCAGUACAGAUGUCAAGUUGAGUGAAAACGAUAAGCAGUUCGAACACAUAGAAAUGGUGGGAGUUGCACGACGUUCGCUCGAUGUUGUCACAGAGCCGAUAGUAAAAAAUGAGCGUUUGGUAGAGAACGUCUUUGGUAAACUGAAAUUAACAAAUUGGAGUAUGUUUGGCACCAAUGAUGAUGAAACUAAUCCAAUCAGGGGUUAUGCUAGUCAGCCUGUAUUGCCGCUUUCGAAAGCAUGCGAUCCACUGAAAGAGAUUCUGUACGAAUUGUCACGUUAUGUUGAUCUGGCAUUACAAGAAACACCGGAACAACCACCAGAUGGAUUAACUGUCGAUGAAAGUGCUGCUAUUCGUCUUUACACAAUCGAGUGGGACGCACCACAUCGAAGUCUUUAUUCGAUGCUCAAUUCCAAUUUGAAAAAAGCUAAUCGCGAAGAUCUUCUACCCUAUUCCAAGUACCUUAAACUAUUCAUCAGUGCUCUGGCUAAAUUGCCGUGCAUUCCAUCUUUGACUGUCUGGCGAGGUGUGACCAAAGAUUUGACAGCUGAUUUUCCACCAGGUACUCGAGUGACAUGGUGGUCAUUCUCUUCAUGUACAACCGAAAUGACUGUGCUGGAGAAUAAUAUGUAUCUGGGUCGUGAAGGUGACCGAACACUUUUCUCAGUCGAAGCCAUCAAUGGUCGAUCGAUACGAGAUCAUUCGCAUUUUGUUACUGAAGAUGAAAUUAUUCUUCUUCCUGGCACACAUAUGAUUGUUCAAUCACAACUUAGCCCAGCAUCCAAUCUGUACAUCAUUCAUCUGAAACAAGUGAAACCCGACAACGAACUAUUAGAACUACCAUUCGAAGGUGCGCAUCUCUUUCCCGAAGAAAUACAUCCUUGGUACUGGAAGAAAAGAUUCACGAUUCCAAUUCUCCUGUUGGUACUUGUAAUCAUUGCAGGCAUAGUUCUUGGUGCUGUCCUAGGCACAAGAACAACUUCAACCAUCACUCUUAAACCAUGCAACAAUCCAUUGCAAUCAUUUGAUUAUAUCACAAUUGGACGACAUCCAUCAUCAGUCGUACUGGGCCAUUUCAGAAACAACACUUAUAUGGAUGCAGCAAUAACAGUUACCGAUGAAAAUGAUGUCAUUAUCCUUCUAGGUGAUCCAGUGGAUAUUCUUCGUACUUCUAAGAUCGCCACAGGCGUGUUACCAAUGUUUAUUAUAGCAGCUGAUUUUAAUAAUGAUACCAUCCAAGAUCUCGCAUUCGUCAAUAAUGGUGAUGACACGGUCACCAUAGCAUUAGGUGUAGGAAAUGGACUUUUUCCAGAAAAGAAAACCUAUUCAGUGGGUACUUCACCUUCCUGUCUGUUAUCAGCUGAUUUUAACAAAGACAAAAAAUUAGAUUUAGUCAUAGUGAGCCAAGAUACGAAUACCGUUGACGUGCUACUUGGUGAUGGAUUGGGAGGGGUUAAAGCUUCGACGAACAAUUCAGUUGGUUAUUUUCCAUCGAUUAUAAUAUCAGCCGAUUUUAAUCAUGAUAGCAACUUAGAUUUAGCAGUUACCAAUACUUUUGAUAAUACUCUCAGUGUGUUGCUGGGCAAUGGUGACGGAACUUUUCAGACUCACGUCACUUAUUCCACAGGUUCGUCGCCAAUAUCUCUCUUAUCGGCUGAUUUCAAUAGCGAUAAUAAUCUGGACAUAGCUGUAACGAAUAGUAAGAACAGUUCGAUCAGUAUUUUACUUGGCAUGCAAAAUGGAACCUUUCAUCAACAAGUGAUGUUUGUAACAGGUUCUUAUCCUGUUUCGAUCGGGGCUGCUGAUUUUAAUAAUGACAAUAAUACAGAUUUGGUAGUAGUGAACGGCGAAGAAGAUACUGUCAGUACUCUGUUUGGCUCUGGAGACGGAAGUUUUCACACUCAAAUCAAGUAUGCAACGGGUGACAAUCCGGUGUAUUUGACGGUCGGUGAUUUCAAUAACGAUGGUAGCACAGAUCUAGCAGUUCUUAACAACGGAGAUGCUACUGCGAGUAUGUUUUUCGGUCAGGCGAAUGGAACUUUGACAUUUAUACAAGCAUACAGUACUGGUAACUCUCCAGUUCUUUUCGCUGUUGCCGAUUUCAAUAGUGAUAGUAAACUAGAUUUCGCUGUCGUCGAACAAAGCGACAGUACUAUUAGUGUAUUGCUCGGUAGGGGACGUGGAGUGUUCCAGAUUGCGCUCAAUUAUACUGUUGGCAGCAAUCCAUCCUCGAUCAUCUCAGUCGAUUUGAAUAAUGACAACAAACAGGAUUUAGUUACAGUCAGUACUAAUGGCAGUACUAUCAGUAUACUCUACGGACAUGGUGACGGAUUUUUCAACUCACCUGUGAACCUUACAGUUGGUAGUUCACCAACUGCUGCUAUAUCAAUGGAUCUCAAUAAAGACGGGUACAUGGAUCUCGCAGUGGCAGACAAAGGCGAGAAUACUGUUUGCAUACUUCUGAACAAUGGUAAUAAGACUUUCUAUACGUUCCUGAAUUAUACAGUUGGUGAUUGGCCAUCUUCUCUCAUAGCAUCGGAUUUUAAUAGCGAUGGAAAAAUAGAUUUAGCUGUAACCAGCAAGGAAGAAAAUAUCGUUAGUGUUAUACUGAAUAAAGGGGACAAUACUUUUUAUUCCGCAAUUAAUUAUACAGUGGGUAAAUCACCGUCCUGUGUUGUAUCAGCUGAUUUAAAUAAAGAUUCCCAUGCCGACUUAAUAGUAACUAAUUAUGGUCAAAAUACGAUCAGCAUUCUAUUCAAUGAUGGCACUGCAACUUUUCACACUGCAAAAACUUUUACUGUUGGCAGAUAUCCAGUAUCUGUAGUAGCAGUUGAUUUCAAUAAUGAUCAAUGUAUGGAUUUAGCAGUGGCAAACAGUGGUAGCAAUAGUGCAAGUAUUCUACUGGGUAAUUGUGAUGGAACCUUCCUACCUCAAGUAAAAUAUACAUCGGGAAUCGUUCCGACGGGUCUAGCAUCAGGUGACUUAAACAAUGACCAGCGACCGGAUCUUAUUGUGACAAACGGCAAAUCGAAUGAUGCGUAUAUUUUUCUGAAUACUUGCGCGAACUAG